AAAUAAAACAGAUGCCGUGACAUGCGUCACAUUGACUGGUCCGCUGUCGAUAUACGACGUACCUAGUUCCGCUCUAAAUUCUUUGUGUUAGUUGCUGAUAACAAUUCGUUAAACACAAUCGAUACGCAGGCUACGAUGAUACACAUGUUGAUACAGAUUGUUUGGAAACAGACGGUAAGAGCGGCGCUCCGAGCUCUCUCUACGCAGCGCUGCUCGAAGAUUGUCCAAUGUGUUUGUUUUCACCGCAAGAGCGGGAUGGGCAUGCGGCAUGUUAUCAUCUUCCUGCUGUUUCUGUCAACGGUGACCUCGUAUGCCACCAGGGUCAGCAUGAGUCUCGCCAUCGUGGCCAUGACCAAACCCAACGACUACGGAUUCCCGGUGUUCUCGUGGGAGCAGACGAUCCGUGAUACGAUCCUGUCGUCGUUCUUCUGGGGCUACAUCGUGCUGCAGAUCCCGUCCGGGGUGCUAGCGGGCCGCUUCGGCGGGAAGUACCUGGUGUUCGCCUCCAUGAUAGUCACUGGGAUCGUGAACCUGUUCACUCCUAUGUUGGCGACGAAGGGCGACUGGAUCGCGGUAUGUGCUUGCAGGAUCCUGAUGGGUCUUGCCCAGGGGAUGCUGUACCCGAGUGUGCACGGUCUGAUAGGAGCGUGGGCUCCCCUGACCGAGAGGAGCAGGAUGGGGACCAUCGUCUACUCCGGUUCUCAGCUAGGCACCAUCAUAGAGAUGGUGGUUGCAGGCUGGCUCUCCGACAGCAAAUUCGGAUGGCCAGCUGUGUUCUACGUGGCCGGUGUCACUUGCUUGGGCUGGGCUGUGCUAUGGAUCAUAUUUGGUGACUCCACACCGAGUACAAGCCGAUGGAUUUCAAAGGAAGAAAGAAAGUUUAUUGAAUUAAAUAAUGGUACAAUGGACGCCAGUGAUAAGAAGGCAAUGAGUACACCAUGGAAAGGGAUCUGGACAAAUCUACCAUUCUGGGCAAUACUGCUGGCGCACUGUGGACAGAGCUUAGGAUUUUGGACACUCUUAACUGAGAUGCCGUCGUACAUGGAUAAAGUUUUAGGUGUCUCUAUAAAAGAUAACGGCAUUCUGUCAGCGUUACCAUAUGCAGCAAUGUUUAUUUUGAGUUUCAUCUUCAGCUGGGCGUCAGACUUUCUCGUCAACAGAAAUAUGUUAACAAGAGGCACCGCAAGGAAAGUUUUUAACACUAUUGGGUUCUGGGGCCCAGCCGCUGCCCUGGUGGCGUUAUCGUACAUCCCGGCCGGUCACAUAUCGCUUGCCGUCGCCAUGCUCACCGUCACCGUGGGCCUCAACGGCGCGCACUACUCCGGCUUUUUGAUAUCGCAUAUUGAUCUCUCUCCGAACUUCGCCAGUACGCUGAUGGGCUUCACAAACGCUUUCGGAAACGUGUUUUCCAUAAUGGCUCCGCUGAGUGUCAGCCUUGUGGUCAAAGAUGAAACGAGUGGUGCAGAAUGGAGAAAAGUAUUCUUUUUGUCAGUCGCGUUCUACUUCUUGAGUAAUCUGUUCUUCAUUCUAUUCUUCUCCGGGGAAGUACAGAAAUGGAACGAACCACGAACGAAAAUAACUCUCGAAGAGGGAGUGAAAGAAAAAGAAGAAAAACGCAACGAGAAAGAGAUCGCAGAUCAGAAAUGAAAAAGAGUUGACAUAGCGCCUCUUACGAACUAGUCAUAUCAACUGUUAACAAACGGUUUAUUUAAAAUACUGCUGCCUCGUCAAUAUAUUGGGGUAGUCCAAAACGUUUCAUUUCACGUCACUAUUUAUAGUAUUCAAUACAUAAACUUACAAUAUACUAGCGUAUACACAAACAGCGUUCGACAGGGAAGAACAUCUCUAACGGAGAUAUAGCAAGAAAGAAAAGGAAAGCGAAUCUAUUCUUACUGUAACAGAUUAUGAUUGAGAAGUCGUAAGCAAUCUGCCACGCUGGGAAUUGGCUUUUUAGUAUUUCCGAUAUUCAAUCUUCAAUCAAGGCUUCAAGAUAAUGAGACGAAUGUAAAAUUUCGGAAAGAGGAUAACUGUCGGUUUUAGUAAUGAUACAAAGUUUUAUUAUUUUACAUUUUAUUCGAAUAUAUUACAUAAAUUUAUUUAGACUCUGAGCUUACAUUUUCGAUAAAUGACACAAGAGGUUUAUGGUAACUAAAAUAUGAGAUAAAUACUUUGGUCUUAAUAUGGUCCAUAUAUCUUGUGAGUACUCAAUCAACGAAAUCGCUAUAUCCGAUGCAAAAUUUACAUUAAGCCUUUAACUGCAUAUGAAGUCCUGGUACAUGUUGCUAGAAUGACACAUGAUUUGAACCGCUAAAAGCAUUACUAUCACCGCUACCAUAUUAAUGUUCUCCUAGUGUCUUUGUAGUAAUACGUCGUGACAUGAAAUCAGAAUAUAUUAAGAUAUACUCGUGUCAUAUAUAAGACAAUCUCUCUUCAACUAUGAUCGCCUGAUACCAAAACACUGUAUUAUGCUUCCUAUCUCAUUCUUUCGCCGGCUGAAUCCUAUACAUUUACCUAUUUGUGUCCCUAUUGUUUUGCUUUUUCGUUUCAUCGAGUUUUAAAUCACAACGAUUCAAAUGAAGUUUCACUUCAAAAAUUUGUCAAGUAUUAUCGAGCUGUCUAGUGGUCAAUACGCUAAUAUAUUCUAAGUGUAUAGUUCAAUACCAUGAUAGAAGUUAGUUAUAUUUAUAUGAUGACUAUAUAAGCAGGUACCAGUGAUAAAAAACAUAGACAUGGAGAAGUGAUUUAUUAUAAUUACGACAUGAAAAAUAAUUAUUUGCUAUCUGCCAGUAUUAAUUAUUCUUGUUACUUGUAACUUGUAAGUCAUGGUUGAAAAAAAAAACAACCAAUGAACUGUACGAAUUGUUAGCUAAGUGUUUAAAUAUUUAAUAUCUGUGAUGUGUAUUAUGUUUAUUUUAAGUCGAAUCGAUUAUUAUUUAUUUAUAUCGAAUGAAUAAUUAUUUAUUGAACUAUUUUGUAAAUAUACUUUAAUUUAAUAAUAAUUGUUAAGAUAAUUUUCAUUAUCUUGAAGAAUAAGUAAAAAUGAAGUGAGUGUAUCGCAUUUGCAUAUCUGUAAUAUUAGUAAUUAAUAAAAUUAUUAAAGAA